AUGGUGGAUUACCAUACUGUGGUGUUUGGUGCAAUUGCGGCCGUGGACGAACUUGCAUCCCGAUUGACUGAUUCUGGCGCAUCUACAAUAUUCGCACAUCCAGAAUAUUAUGAUGUCGUUUUUAAAGCAGCAGAAAAGGCUAAUAUUCCAAAAACUAAAAUUUUUUUCUUUGGAGAAAAAGAAUUCAAUAGACUUCAAAAUUACCGUUCACUAAUCGGCGAUCAUGAAAUUGUGCCUGUUUCAUAUACAUCAGAAGAAGCUAGAACGACUACUGCCAUCCUAUGUUACAGUUCUGGAACUGUUGGAGAACAAAAAGGCGUAGAAAUUACACAUACAAAUAUCGUUGCAAAUGCGGCACAGCUUAUGGCAGUGGAUGAUUUUGGAAAGGAUGACAUUUUUAUGGGAGGGUUGGGUGGCACAACUGUCGUUAUUCCCAAACUCGAUACCGAUAUAAAAAAACUUUGUGAUUGUAUUCAAAACUAUAAGAUUAGUUACGCUCAUGUCAUUCCGCAAACGAUACUUAAAUUUGCUACGAAUCCUAUAGUUAAAAACUAUAUCUCUAGUUUAAGAAUGAUUUGCAGUGGUGCAUCUCCAUUAAGCAAAGAGUCGAAUGAAAAAUUUUCUGAAAUUCUUAAAAUACCAAUUAAACAAUUAUACGGGCCUAAUGAAGGAGAAAUAUGUAUUCGUGGUCCAAAUGUCAUGAAGGUAAUUCUUGACAUCUCCUUUGAUGAAUAUGGAUUUUUCCAUACUGGAGAUAUCGCACGUAUAGAUAAUAAUGUCGAACUCGAAGAAAUUUUGCUUACUCAUCCUGCGGUAGCCGAUGUAGCAGUUAUAGGACAUUAUUCCGAACAAAAUUUAACAGAACAUCCAACUGCUUACAUUGUAAAAAAACCAGAUCAUAAAAAAACACUGGAGUUAAAAAGUGAAAUACAAAAAUAUAUAAAUGAUAAAGUAGCACCACAUAAGAAAUUAAGAGGUGGGGUCUAUUUUAUUAAUCAAAUACCAAAAACACCAUCAGGAAAAAUUUUGAGAAGAAUUUUGAGAAAAAGGCUAGAAAAAGGCCCAGAUCUGAAAAAUGAACAUGAGGUUAUGAGAAAAGAUACCAACAAUAUUCAAAUUUUUGUGCUCAUAAGUAUUAAUAGAAGUAGUAAUAAGCCAAAUUCUUGGAGUGAUGCUGAUUUUAUAGAAGGUAAAAGGUUUAUUUUAGAUAAUAAAAGUAUUUCUUCCGGAACGUCUGCUAGCGCAUAUGUUGAAACCGAACGACUGCCCGCAUUGUUUGAAAAGAAGAAUGAUGCUAUUGAUUCCAAAUCGGACCCACAAGAAGUAUAUGUGCACGAGAUAAGAUCUGAUUUCCAGCAAGAUCAUUUAAUAGCACUCAACACUUGUUGGGUUGCUGAACAUCCGAAUAGAACUGAAGUUUUUCUUAUCACCGAUAAUUUUAAAGAGUUGAACAAAUAUAUGGAAUAUCUAAUGUCUUCAGUCGGACUAGAAACACAAACUAGUGAAGUUCCUGCCAACUUAACAAUCGAGGAAAAAUUAGGACGCGGAGGUUUUGGAACAGUGUACCGAGCAAAAUCUCGCUCGUUAGGUGAUGUGGCAAUUAAGGAAAUAGAUUUAGAAACAGAUGAAAUGGCCCAGAAUGUUUUCAGAAAUGAG